AUGUUUGAAACAAAUCAGACAAAAGUGGUGGUGAUUCUGCUGUUGGGUUUUCAAACUCCACAGAUUUUAAACUCUGUUCUAUUUGUUCUGUUCCUUGUGCUCUACAUCUUGACGUUAGUCGGGAACCUGUUGAUUAUUGUAUUGGUGGCCAAGUUUGAAGGUCUUCAAUCUCCCAUGUACUUCUUCCUCACUCAGUUAUCGGUGUGCGACAUCCUGCUUUCAACAAUCAUAGUCCCCAACUUGCUUGAUGUUCUAAAUAAUGCAGGGCGCAGAAUAUCGGUAACUGGCUGCAUCACUCAGUUUUAUUUUUAUUGUGUAUCUCAAGGCACGGAGUGUUUUCUUCUUACGGUGAUGUCCUAUGACCGGUAUUUAGCCAUUUGCCGCCCACUGCAUUAUACCCUGAUUAUGGGUCUUAGGCUUUGUUUCCAACUCAUCCUUUUCUCUUGGGUUUUAUCAUUUAUACUAACAUUUAUCAUUGUAUCCCUUGUUUCUGCUUUACAGUUUUGUGGUCAUGAAAUUGACCAUUACUUCUGUGACCUUGCUCCCCUUCUAGAGUUGUCUUGUACAAAGCAUACUGGUGCCGAACUUGUAGGCUUUGUUAUAUCCAUACCUUCUGUGACUGUGCCAUUUUCCUUUGUUAUUUUUACAUAUGUUUCCAUAUUUAUCACCAUUCUUAGAAUCACCUCCAGCACCGGGAGGCAAAAAGCCUUCUCCACCUGCAGCUCGCACAUCACUGUAGUGUGCACCUACUACGGGACUGCAAUAACGGUUUACAUAGCUCCUUCUCGAUGGCAAUCCUUCAAUAUCAAGAAGGUAGUAUCUCUUCUGUAUACAGCGCUCUGCCCGUUUGUAAACCCAAUCAUAUACAGUCUUAGGAAUCAGAACAUCAAACAACAUUUGAAAAGGUUUCUAUCAAAUAACCAAGGAAGAUUUUAG